CGAUGACUCCGUAAAGACGAAUACGAGCCUUCCAGACGUCGCAGGGCGGGCAUACCGACUCGGGGAAAUUGAGCGCAACUCAGCGUCUAUAAAUAUCCGUGCCGUCGAACCGUCGCCGUGGCCGUUCCUCUUUCCGUCGAUAGCGCGGCUCCCGUCAAAUCGAAGCCCUGUGGGUCGAGGACCCUUUGGGAGGCCGCUUCAACAUCGACGGAGGAAGCGACUGCGUGUUAGCCGGAGAAAUCGCCGGAGAAGACGACCUCGCCCAAAGAGGUGUAUCCCGCAAGAUGCCGCAAGAUGAUGCUCCUGAAAGGAUACCAAUCUUGGAUCGAUGCAAAGAAUGGUUCACAAACAAAAGUCUUCGUGAGUAAGGCAAAAGCAGAUCGUUGUUGCUGCUGCGAUUGCUGUUGCUGUGAGGGCAUAGGCGUUCCCUUCGUUCUCCUUAAGUCCGUCGACUGUUGGCAGAUUAGCGAAGACUAUCGCGGUGAGGAAGAUGAGGAUUUACUGUGGAGCCUCUUAGGAAUGUGGCUGCACCAACGUUGGUCGCUGGCCAAAGGCAAGGGCGAAGCUUCGCUUUUCUCAGCGGCGUUGGUCGCUGACCAAAGGUUCCUGGAACAAUAUGAUUCUAAACGGAAUCACUGCUUCUCGGUGCCUAGACAUAAAAAUCGGACCUUGCUAUUUGAAGCAUUGUUCUUCUCUCAGAUAUGCCCCUCUUUGUGUUUCUGCAACAUCUCCUAAAUUUAGAAGCCUUUCUAUAGCUGAUGAAGGAAAGAAUGUUCUUCCUUUUAGCGGUUCUCUGCAAUUAUCUCGGUCAUCUAGCUCCUUCCUAUGCUGGGAACAUCAUGGUAAUGCACUUAGGAUGCCUUCAUUGGCCAGAAGUAAUAAGGUGAGGUGCAGAAGCCCAGUAAUCUCUGGAGCAUCAAAGAGUUACUUCACUUACCCUCCAAUGACCAGUAAGCCCAAAUGGUGGUGGAGGACCCUAGCCUGCACUCCAUAUCUCCUGCCUCUUCACUUGAUGUGGAUGCAUGCCGACUCAGCAUACCAUCUCCACCCACUCUUGCAGGAUUGGGACUUCCUAGUGAACCCCUUCCUCGAUACGAUAGCAUUAAUGCCAAGCUGGAUCCUGAUGGUUCUCAUGUUUUCUGCCUAUUAUUUUGUAGUGAGGAGAAAAGAAUGGCCUCAUUUCCUGCGUUUUCACAUCAUCAUGGCUAUGCUCUUGGAGAACGCAUACCAGGCAAUAGCAAUUGCAUGCACUUGGUUCCCGAAGACUCUCUACCGUGGCGAGCUGGGGAUGCAUUUCUGGCUUGCUGUUACGUUCGUGCAGUUGUAUACGGUGGUGGAAUGUAUGAGUUGUGCACUCUGCGGCAAGUAUGCAGAUGUCCCUUUCGUCUCUGAUACAGCAUAUAUUCAUUCGGAUCCAAAGAUUUUCUAGGGUUUUCUAUUUUGUUUGUUUUGUCUGAAUUAGUUAACAAUGUGUGUAUGGCUUGUAAGAAAAGACUCCUAGUAUCACACAGUUCUGUUAUGCUGUGACCUUUUACGGAUAAGUUUUCGUUCAAUCUAGGUUUUUGUUCUCUAUUGAUACUUCCAUCGAAUAAAGUGAUUCUGGACAAUUGAGAAUUA